AUGGAGGGCAAUGCACACCUCCUCCAGGUCAUCCGCAAGAUGCGUUCCCAAAUCAACAAGCUGGAGAGGGAAAACAGGGCCCUAAAGGGAGAGCUGCAGGUCUGCGGGCAGAGAGCUGUGCCACCGGAGAGAGAGGCAGCGAGAGGAGGUGGGAACAGCGAUGUGAGGAGCCUCGCCAGGGAUGAAGAAGGACCUGCUGGCUCUCCAGCAUCUCUGCAGGGAGCCAUCCCAGCCAGUCCUGCUCCAGCACCAAAGGAGCAGACAGGUACCAACGAGUCGGGGCUGUCUGGGGCUGUCCAUGGCACCCAUACUGCCAUGACUCUCAUCAGGGAAGAGGAGAAAGGGCUUGAAAAAUCACCAUCCAGCUGCUGCUCCUCCUACAGCCGCUCCAGGAACAUGAAGCUGUUUCAGGAGCACGUCUAUAGGUGCAGGGGUAAAGUCAAGGCUGUGAGUUUCCUCUUACCAAUGCAUAUGUCACCAUGUGCUGAAAAGCAAAGUUCCCUCAAAAGCCCGGAAAAUCAGAGCACAAAACCUCUGAUGACCAUCGCUGAAAACGAUAUGUGAGCCAGUGAAUUUUUAAAGGGCUAUUGAUUCCCUGAGAUAAACUGGCCUUAAAUGAUA